AUGUCGAGCUCGUCGCCCGGCACCGGGAACCCCGUGGCGAAUUCGCCGAGCGCUGCUGUUGCUGACGUUGCGGUGCCCAUCACCGCACCGCUGCUACGCGCCUUUUCAAUGCUUGGGUUGCUCGACUUCUUGCUGCUGCUGCUGCCACUCACGCGGUCGCCAAAGGCGACAAGGUCAGCACGCAUCCGCGCAAUCUCAUCAUAG